AUGCUUCAGUCUUACGGCGCUGGAAAAGGUGCGCAGUAUUACGCCAAGGGGAUUAAAACAGUUGAAGACAAAUGGCAACUUUUACCCGCCUUUCUUCAGGUUAAAGGUUUGGUAAAACAGCAUCUCGAUUCUUUCAAUUACUUUGUCAAUGUCGACAUCAAAGCAAUCCUCGCCGCAAAUUCAAUCGUAACUUCUGAUGUCAACCCCCAUUUUUUCAUCCGUUAUACCGACAUCCGUAUCGGACGACCGAUGCGUAAAGAUCAACAUCACCAAGACAGUAUAGUCACUCCUAUGGAAUGUCGUCUACGAGAUAUAUCAUAUGCCGCUGAAAUCCGGGUGGACAUCGAAUACACCUAUGAGGACAAAUUGAAGAAACAGAAGGGAAUUCUUAUCGGCAAACUACCCGUCAUGUUAAGGUCGGAUUUAUGUCACUUGAAAGGGAAGAGCGAACGUGAAUUGGCCCGUAUGGGCGAAUGUCCGAAAGACCCAGGGGGGUAUUUUGUGGUCAAGGGGACGGAGAAGGUCAUCUUGGUACAAGAGCAAUUAAGCAAGAAUAGGAUUAUCGUCAUGCGUGAUCCUAAAGAUGGAGCGGUCAUUGCUGAAUGUACAUCUUCGACUCACGAUCGAGUUGUGAAAACAUACGUCAUCACCAAAAACAAAAGACUAUAUCUGCGACACAAUUCUUUCAAGGAGUUGAUACCCAUCGUAGUGGCUAUGAAAGCCAUGGGAGUGACGGCGGACAAAGAGAUUAUCCAAUUGAUCUGUGGCUCGGAUGAGAGGUAUCAGGAGGCUUUCGGUCCAUCGUUGGAGGAAGCUUCAAGGCUCAAAGUCUACACUGCCAAACAGUGUGCUGAAUGGAUCGGACUUCGCGUGUCACCAGGGCAAGAGAAAGAAGAUCGUGGUCAGAAGCUUGCCCCGUCAGAAGUGGCUAUGCAAGCUCUUGCCGCCAUGGUCCUGGGUCAUGUCUUGGUACGGAACAUGUUCUUCCGUCCGAAGUGCAUUUACCUCGCUACCAUGGCACGCCGAGUACUUAUGGCCUCCAUCGACGAGAAGAUGGUGGAUGAUAGGGAUUACGUGGGUAAUAAGCGUCUCGAACUCGCCGGUCAACUCUUAUCCCUCUUAUUCGAAGAUUCUUUCAAGACCUACAAUUCUGAUCUCCGAAGACGUAUGGACAAGAUCUUGGAGAAACCAAAUCGCGCUACGCCCUUGGACGCUUCCAACAUUCUGGCGCAGAAUGGCGACUCGAUCACUUCCGCUUUUGUCCGUUCCAUUUCCACUGGUAAUUGGUCCUUGAAACGUUUCCACGUCGAACGUGCCGGUGUCACUCAUGUUCUUUCUCGCUUAUCUUUCAUCGCAGCUUUAGGAAUGAUGACACGAAUCUCGUCUCAAUUCGAAAAAACUCGUAAAGUUUCCGGUCCCCGUGCAUUGCAACCAUCUCAAUGGGGCGUUUUGUGUCCCUCCGACACUCCAGAAGGCGAGGCUUGUGGUUUGGUAAAAAACCUAGCACUCAUGACGCAUAUCACCACAGACGUACCUGAAGGUCCAUUGGUAGACUACGCGUUCACAUACGGAGCUCAGGACAUUAACACUUUCACCGGCGUUGGAAUGUACGGUCGAGGUGUAUAUCUCAUACAAAUCAACGGUAGUCUUAUUGGACUUACGAAUCAUCCGAAAAAGUUCGUUCAAACAUGGAGAAAAUUACGACGAGCUGCGAGAUUUUCCGAAUUCGUCAGUAUCUACAUGAAUCAUCAUCACAAAAUCAUAUACAUCGCUUCUGAUGGAGGUAGAAUUUGUCGACCUAUGAUCAUCGUUGAGAAUGGUCGUCCACGAGUGACCUCGGAACAUAUCCGUUUGUUGAAGGAGGGUAAGGUAACAUUUGACCAUUUCCUUCGAUCUGGUUUGGUUGAAUAUCUCGAUGUAAAUGAAGAAAACGAUUCUCUCAUCGCUUGUUAUGAACAUGAAAUAGAAGAAGGAACGACUCAUCUCGAGAUUGAACCUUUCACGAUUCUCGGUGCUGUAGCUGGUCUUAUACCUUACCCUCAUCAUAAUCAAUCUCCUCGAAAUACCUAUCAAUGUGCUAUGGGUAAACAAGCUAUCGGAGCUAUAGGAUAUAAUCAACUGAACAGGAUCGAUACUCUCUUAUACCUUAUGACAUAUCCUCAACAACCAAUGGUAAAGACGAAAACCAUAGAAUUGAUCGAAUACGAUAAACUCCCAGCUGGUCAAAAUGCCACUGUGGCCGUCAUGUCUUUCUCGGGAUACGAUAUAGAAGAUGCCUUAAUUCUCAAUAAAGCUUCUGUGGACAGAGGAUUCGGUCGUUGUCAUGUUUUGAAAAAACAAACUAUACCAAUGCGACAUUUUCAAAAUGGUACUUCGGAAAGAACGGCUUAUCCUUCUGAUCCUCUUAGACCCGAAGCAUAUGCCAGUGUGGAUAAAGCGGAUGGUGUGACUUCACCUGGUUCGACAGUUUAUCAAGGAGAUGUGUUGGUACAUAGAGAAACACCUAUUGAUACAAGAGGUCCAAUGACUCAAGCGGCAGUAUUUAAAGCGACUCCCAUAACUCACAAAACUCCGGAACCUGUACAAAUUGAUAAAGUCAUGUUGACUGAGGGAGAGGAUAGUCCGUUGCUCAAGAUUUUAACAAGACAAACCAGACAGCCGGAGUUGGGUGAUAAGUUUAGUUCGAGACAUGGUCAAAAGGGUGUUUGUGGGUUGAUUGUACCUCAAACGGAUAUGCCUUUCAAUGAUCAAGGAAUAUGUCCGGAUAUUAUUAUGAACCCACAUGGGUUUCCUUCGCGUAUGACAGUAGGGAAAAUGAUCGAACUACUAGCUGGAAAAGCAGGAGUUUUAGCCGGUCAAUUGCAAUAUGGCACCGCAUUCGGAGGGUCUAAAGUGGAAGACAUGUCUAGAAUCUUGAUUGAAAAUGGGUUUUCCUACGCUGGGAAAGACAUGUUGACCAGUGGAAUAACUGGUGAGCCAUUAGAGGCGUAUGUCUACUUUGGGCCAAUUUAUUACCAAAAGCUCAAGCACAUGGUCAUGGAUAAAAUGCAUGCUAGACCUACUGGUCCAAGAGCUAAUUUGACACGUCAACCGACGGAAGGUAGAUCUAAAGAUGGUGGUCUUCGAUUAGGUGAAAUGGAACGUGAUUGUCUUAUAGGGUACGGCGCAACACAAUUAUUACUUGAACGUCUCAUGAUCUCUUCGGACGCUUUCGAAACUCAAGUAUGUGAGACAUGUGGUUUGUUAGGAUACAACCAAUGGUGUCCUAAGUGUAAAACAGGUAAAGGUAUAGUGAAGAUUACUUUACCAUAUGCUGCCAAGUUGCUCAUUCAGGAGUUAAUGGGAAUGAACAUCCUCCCAAAGUUAUGUAUGGAAGAUGCGGUAUGA